CUAUUUUGUCUAAUAAAUAUGAUACAGUAUAACAUCACAUAUGUACACUAUACAUACCACAAAAUUCACGCGUAGAAGGAGAAAUCAGUCAGUUUCCUUACCGAACUGUCACAUCAAAAGUACUAUUUUUUAUAUGGUUAGAUUUUAAAUUUUUUCUCUGAUAUAGUCAUCUAGCUAAUUCAUCCAUAAUACAUAAUGGUAGCAUAAAAUGUUAUUCAAAAAUGUAUUAUGGUUUCAAAGUCAAAAGCUUUGAACUUUUCAAGAUAUGCCUACUCGCGGGUCAUCUUCUUUCACCUUCGUCUAUCUGUGUAUAUACAUAAAUACGUAUCUCAUGACUGCAAAUAAACCAAAAAAAAUGAGGAAGAGGUCAAACAAAAUAUACAAUAUAAAAAACAGAUAAACCUGAGUUUGUUAAUUUUUAAUUUAGUCGACGUUAUACUAUAUUAGAUAGUGUUUACGGGGGAGAAAAUUUUCAAAGGGAAAGCUUUUUGUCCUGUGAGCUCUAAUGGCGGAUAAGGUGGACGAAAAAACGCUACAGCAGACUUCCACCUGGGCGGUCGCUGUGGUUUGCUUCUUCUUGCUUCUAUUUUCGAUUGUCAUUGAGAAACUGAUUCACAAACUUGGAACCUGGUUUAAGAUUAAGAACAAAAAAGCUCUGUACGAAGCUCUAGAAAAAGUGAAAGCAGAGCUUAUGCUGAUGGGAUUCAUAUCACUAUUGCUAACAAUUGGACAAAACUAUAUAUCGCAAAUUUGCAUCUCCGAGAGCAUCGCAGCAUCGAUGCACCCUUGCAGUGAAUCUGAAGAGGCGAAAAAGUAUCCACCUAAGAAGAAAGAUACCAAAAAUGAUGAAGAAAACUCUGGUCGAAAGCUUCUUGAGUUAGUCCAAUCUUACAUUCCUCGCCGGAGUUUGGCUACCAAAGGUUAUGACAAGUGUGCAGAGAAGGGAAAAGUCGCUUUUGUAUCGUCUUAUGGGAUGCAUCAGCUGCAUAUAUUCAUCUUCGUUCUCGCGGUUUGUCAUGUGAUCUACUGCAUUGUUACUUAUGCUCUAGGCAAGACCAAGAUGAGAAGGUGGAAGAGGUGGGAAGAGGAGACCAAGACAAUUGAAUAUCAGUAUUCUCACGAUCCCGAGAGGUUUAGGUUUGCGAGGGAUACAUCUUUCGGGCGUAGACAUUUGAAUUUCUGGAGCAAAUCAACUAUUACACUGUGGAUUGUAUGUUUCUUCAGACAGUUCUUUGGAUCUGUUACUAGAGUUGAUUACUUAACACUCAGACAUGGUUUCAUCAUGGCCCAUUUGGCUCCAGGGAGUGAUGGGAGGUUCGAUUUCCGUAAGUACAUUCAGAGAUCAUUAGAGGAAGACUUCAAAACCAUCGUCGAAAUCAGUCCUGUGAUUUGGUUUGUCGCCGUGCUAUUUCUCCUGACCAACACAAACGGAUUGCAUUCUUUCCUCUGGCAACCAUUCAUUCCAUUAGUCGUGAUUCUUAUAGUUGGGACAAAACUUCAAGUGAUAAUAACAAAACUUGGACUUUUAAUCCAAGAGAAAGGAGACAUAGUGAAGGGCAUGCCGCUUGUUCAGCCCGGUGAUCACCUCUUCUGGUUCGGCCGCCCACGUUUUAUUCUCUUCCUCAUUCACUUAGUCCUUUUCACGAAUGCGUUUCAACUAGCUUUUUUUGCCUGGACAACGUAUGAGUUCCAGCUCGAGAACUGUUACCACAAAACCAUUGUAGAUGUGGUCAUCAGAAUUUCAGUUGGAGUUAUUGUACAAAUUCUUUGCAGCUACGUAACUCUUCCUCUUUAUGCUCUAGUGACUCAGAUGGGUUCGAAGAUGAAACCUACAGUGUUCAACGAGAGAGUAGCAACAGCUUUAAAGAGUUGGCAUCACACAGCUAAGAAACAGAUCAAACAUGGAAGAACCUCAGGAUCAACGACGCCUUUCUCUAGCCGUCCAACUACACCUACUCACGGUUCUUCUCCGAUCCAUCUCCUCCGCAACGUCCACAAACGAAGCAGAAGUGCGGAUGAAAGCUUUGUGAACACGCUGUCUCCAAGAAACUCUGACUUCGAUUCAUGGCGUCCUGAGCCUCAGCAAGAACCGUCUUCUUCUUCUGCAAAUCAUCAUUCUAGGUUCAGAGAAGAAGAUUCAGAGAAGAUGAAGCCCUCUUCUUCAUCUUUGGAGCUUCCUCUUGGACCUGGACAAAUACGAACUCACCAGCAUGAGAUUAGUAUAAGCUUAAGGGAUUUUUCCUUUAAGGGAUGAUUUAUUUUCUCAAUGAUUAUUAGUGAUUUGUUAAUAUGUGUAUAAGUUUAUAUGCAAACAGUGUUAUUGUAUUUGUACUUUUCAGCUUAUUUAUGCAUAAUUACUGUUGUAAUGUUAUAUAUUUGUCACUUUUCAGUUUUCUUGAGACUCAAACCUCUGAAACCCUAAUUUCUAGAUCCGUUGUGAAGAAUGGUUGUCUAUUCUAUUUGGGUUUGUUAUCCGUGACAUGAUUUGUAGUUUGCGUCGAGUUGAAUCUGUUUUCAAAUCAUUGUUUCUCUUUUAUCCUUUGUCUUUGGCUUGGGGUCUUUGAGUAUAAUCUGUUUUAUCCUCUGACUGCAGAAACCAAAUUUUGGCAUAAUGAAAUAAAGUGGCGGUGGAUGGAAGAUCUGAUGUUGUGGUGAGCAUAGACAACUCAAGUGUGUUGGGUCUCUUUAUAGGUUGGUGUUGAACACAUAGCAAACCAAUAUGAACACAUUUCCCAGCUUCUAAUGGGUGACUUGAAACCAAAAUAUGGUGGUCCAAAAGAUUAAUUCAUACGUCUUCACACCAAGAUUCCCACGCUUGUUGCGAUUUAAGCAUAUAAAAAAGAGCAAGAAAAGUUAUAAAUAUGUUCACUUGGCUAAAUUACUGGAGACGUUAAGCACUGACACAGAAAUUCUAAUUAAAAUUUCUAGCUCUUAUAUCAAAGGGAUGCAUGGACUAAUGAUCUGAAACCACAACAUAUCUCAGAUUUAUAUUUAUUUGAGAUGAGUACUUUUCAAGCACCACAGGCAAAUAUUCGACAAUAAUCUUUUAAAUAUGUAACUGACUUCCUUGGUGAUUGGAAAACCCAACUAUUAAUCCUAGAAGUUGUUCUUUUUGGCCAUUGACAUUUUCAUAUCUUACAAAGAUAUAAUAUGUUUACAAAGGGUGGUACAAUACGAAGACUGUAGGAUACAAGAGAAUGAGAGUCCAACAUAAAACACAUGGGAUGAUAUGAAGAUCAUCUCAGUGGAACUUGAGGCUGGUCAGGACAUUGUUGUUGACUGGAUCCGCCAAAUGAUCAAGAAGGUUCUGGUAUGGCCCCACACCGGUUACUAGUCCUUGC